AGCAAGACCAUUCUGCGAAGCGCACGAAUUUUUUUAUCACGAUCGAAAUUUAAUGGAAAAUUAACUUUUUAAUUUUCCAUUUAUUUUUGAUUUCUUUGGUUCUUAUUAUUCUAAAAAUAUAAUGUAAGUAAAUCCCAAGCAGGUUUUUUGUUUUCUACAAGAAAAAAAAGAACAAUUCAAUGAGGGAAGGAUAAACCAACAGUGCGAAUAUAGAAUAAGCUAACCAGUUUAGGAUUGGUUUGAAUUUUUUUUUUUCUUGCGACGCCAUUUUAUUUCUGUCUGUAUAUUUCUUUGUUCAUCCAAUUUUUUGGUAAUUGAAAGAAUUGAACACUUUUUUUGGGUGAAAUAAUUGGAAUUAAGUCGCAAAAAAUCAAAAUCGAAGCGUUUCAUUUUGAUGAAAUUUGAAAGUUUCAUUGGCUGAAAAAAAAAUGUGUGUAUAAUUUUUGGUCGGGUGGAUGAUUCAUCGAAUCAUUGAGACAUAUUGUGAAAUGAAAAAAAGUGAGCAAGGUUUGUGUGAUGACGUCAACAAUGUGUUGCCAGAGCGGAGAGAUGUGACUUCGGGCGUGGCGCGACAAUACUAAUACGACCUUGCAGAAAGAGUUAUUCAUGCAUCAACUGAAAGUUCGCAAUCGUUUAAUGAUGAAGCGACUGGAACGAACAAAGUUUGCAAUAUGAUAUUGGUGUUAUUAGGCCAAUGCAUUGUAUGUACGCUUUAAACGGCCAUCGCAAAUAAAAAUUAGGGCAAUACAGAUCUUAGAUGAAUUCAACAUGUGUGGAAUCGAAUAAACAUCUAUACACCUAGACGCAAUGGGAGAAUGAAUGUGUUAUCUGAAAAUUAUAAAACGUGUCCGAAAAUUCCACUGCAAAUGGUGAUAAGAUGAUAAACCAAUUGACUUUUCGAAUUAAUAAAUGUGAUUGAUAACACUUGCUGAAUCGAGAUGAUAAAUAUAAAAGGAACAAAUUGGAGUAGCAGAUAGUGUCGCCACUGCUAUGGAAAUGCAACCAACGAAAGACUGUUCAUGCAACAUCAGAACUUCAGAGAUAAUGCCGGGGAAAUGUGGGAACCGCUGCACCAACAACAUGAAUCGUAAAUGGAAGAUAUUCAGCAAAUGAUGCUCUAGCGGCAUCUAUACGGUAGAGUUUGGAAAUUUGAUUAAAUGAUUUCGUCACAAGGUUUACCCAAAUAUUAGAAAUGGUAUUUGUCAAAAAUGGCAUUUCAAACGUCAUUCAUGAUUCAUGUUAGUGAACUUCCGAUAGGGACAAACAAAACUCUGAAAGGUUUUGGAUCUGCUGAAUAUAAUAACAUUGUGCUUCACAGCGUUGCGCUGCACAUUCGAUACGAUUGCAACCAACUUCAACAUGUAUACUUGAAUAUGCCCAAACUAGCCAUCCAAUGCCUGAGAAAAAGAGAAAAUGAAUUCUUCUGUGCAUCAAUUGAGACCAGAGACCAUGAUCCAGAGACUCUUCCUAGCAUCGGUAAUCAAGCAUGUACGAACGAAGCAGCUGGAUUGAAGCAGCAUGCCCACCGAAGUCUAGUGUCGAAAUCAUUUUUAUUCGAAUUAGUUAGGUUGAGGAACUAAAGAGUUAGGUUAGAAUCAGGUGACAGAAGAAAAAAAAGAAUGGAAUACAAGUGCACCGCUAUCAUUUUUAUGGAAAAUCUUUGAAUCGAUUACACUUCAAACUUCCAUAAAGAACUAACAGCGAUGUAUCUCCUAAUGAAUAGUUGCUAUAUGCUGCCUUUCCUUAGUAGAGACAUCUGCCGAUUUCGUUCAGGCUUGGGAAAUUCGUAGAAACAAGAUUAGUAAGGAUAUAUCCAAUGGGUAACAGCAUUCUGUCAAUCGUAUGGAAAUACGACAACAAUUUGUCUGCAUCCAACAUAGUUAGUUUUGUGAUUCUAGUGGCGCUGCAAUGCUCAAGUAUGUUACUGUAUUCGAAGAAGAUCCACACAAAAGGGAAUGAAAAAUUUUCGUUAUGAUUUUUUUCUAUUGAAUUUUUUUGAAUGUAUUUUAUAUUACAAAAACGACUACUGCGGCGCUGCGAACGUUUUGACAGGUAUAAAAGUCAAUUGUUAGCAGGCAUUGGAUAUAUCAUCUGGACGCCCAAAAUGAUGACCACUUGCAAGACAUGGUAGUUAGUGUGGGAGAUAAUAUUUUACAAAUUUUUUCGGUUUCAUGAAUAUUGAUGAUUUCAAGAGCAUAUGCAAAGAAAAUCGUAGUUUCUCAUAUUUGAUAGAGUUUGGGAAGCUGGCUUAUAGCCCAAAAUCUUCAAGUCACAUUUCAAAGGCCAUAAUCAAUUGAGUUAGUAAGUAAGUAGUUUUUUUUUCCUGAAAAAAUGGUCAAAAUUUGCAUUGCAAAAGCAUUUGAUUCACGCAAAAGCACUCAUAGAACAUCACAAACUAUUGAUUUUCAAUGGGAUGUCACAAAGACAUAUGCAUAUUUCUUGCGAUGACACAUUUAAUUAAAAAAGUGCAUAUUUAAAUUCAUUGUUGAAAUUUCGCAUACAUAAUUUGCCACGGUCGAAUAGCUUGAUUCUGCCUUAAGCGCGUUUUACACAUAUUUAACCGUUCCAUGAAGAAAUUUCCGUCUAUAAACGUUUGCGACCAAUUCAGUACAAUAAAAAUGAUUUUGCUGUGCAUUUGAAACACAAAACCGUAUACAAAUAGAGAGAUAAAAGCCACGUUGAAAUUGAUAAUGAACAAGGACCAGUAAAAAAAUGUAAAUAUAUCACCGACUCUCGCAUCGUAUCUCGGUACAAAAAAUCGGAGUGUUGACGGUACGUAAGAGAAGAAAAACGCGAUCGGGGAAAAAAAGUAUUCGACUUUCAUUCAAGUUAGUGCCCAUGUAAAUAACAAAUAUGCAAGAGAAAGAUAGAAAGAGAAAAAGAAAUGAGGAAAGGAAUAAAACAAAAGUCACCAAAGCUACAUUUUGGCUCGCGUACAAAAUUAGAAAAUAAAGAAGUAAGCAUAAAGUAGAAUGGAAGAGUUAUUAAAAAGAAUAAGAAUUGAAUGCGACGCAAAACUUCGAGCACGACGUAAUACCAAGCAAGAGGUUAAAGUCAGACUGAAUACUUUUGACGGAAUGAACGCGUGCUUAGGCACGAUGAUAGACUAUGUGAAGCAGGCGAUACGGCCAUCUGGUGAAAAACGAGUGGAAACUUCACAUUCAGAUGCGACUGAGAACGGGAGUGAGAGUGAGAUGGAUACGAACAACAAACAAAAGCAAGACUAUCUAUCACGCGGCAAGCGAUCAAGUGUGUGCAUACACAUUCACACACAACGGUCGUGUGAAUUGACAACAAAUGUAUACAUUGAAGAGCGGCCCGGUAUAUUAUAUAUUGAAUCUCGCCUCAUUCGUUCGUACGUAUGUUGGUGUGCAUCAUAGAGUCAGUAGCAUAGCGUGCAAACGACGAGUGACAGAUGAGCGCUGAACGAAAGAACAUACAAUUCAAUGUAACAGCAAUAUGAAUUUGUGAUUUUAGCAAAGACCAAAUCGAUUUUUUCUCACUUUUCAAACAAAAAUUCCAGUUUGUUUGACAAUAUUCUCGAUUUGGAAUAUCAUUGAAAUUGUAUAAAAACGAAAAGUUCUGUGAUUUGGUUGUUGAAUAAGUGAAAAUUCUUAAUGAAACGAAUUAUCGACGUGUAUGACACAUAAAUAGCCGGGAUGGAAGAGGCGGUGCAUAAGUUCGAAGCACUACAAAGAUAUAUUCCAUUUUUGGAGCGAUUUUUGUUGUCGAUCAAGGCAAAGGCCGAUACAAAAGAGGAUUUGGCCAAAAAAUAUGACAAAGCUGAUCAAUUGCUCACUAUUCUGAAACUCGGUUUCAAAAGCAAAUACAAGGUGCCGUUCUUGGAAAAUAUUGAAAAAGUUCUGGAAGGAUUGUGCACUGUAUACACACGAAAAAUCAUCUCCAAUGUGAAAUUGGAGAAAGUCGAGCCAGUUGACUCGAUCAAAAUGGAAAACGAUUUUCAAUCGCCUGAAAGUCCACCCUCUAUGUAUCAAGACUUCAAAAGCGAGAGAGAACCGAUUACGAUUCCAACCGAGCGCCGAGAUAGCAACAACUAUUUUUAUGAUACUAAGCCAAGUACCUCAAGGAUCGUCGACAGACAUGAUGAUUAUAAACGGCACAAUGAACGCAGGCAUCGUGAAAAAAGCCUAAGCCGCAGCCGGAGUCCCAGUUAUGAAAGACCGAGUUAUGAACGAUCUAGUUAUGAUAGACCUAGUUAUGAUAGAAGAGUUUUGGAUAGGAAAAGAUAUCGAUACAGUCGAAGCCGUAGCAGAAGCCGAAGUCCAAGCAGAAACCGUGAUAGGAGGCGUUCGAGGAGUCGAGAGAGACGAAGAGAACGUACACGCAGCCCAUCUUAUCGUCGAAGAAGUCCAGAACACCAAAGAAGAUCAAAAAGUCCACAUUAUCGACAUCGCCGAGAUGAGCGAAAAUUUGACAGGGACCGUGAUUAUCAAUCAUCGGAAUACGGUCGAAACAACAGUGAUUCCAAGAAAUACGUUAAGAUGGAAAAUGAUUUCGACUUCAAAAGAGAAUCAAAAUGGCAUGGCGGUUCGAGCAUCAAACAAGAAAGUCAUAAUCGAAGAGACAAUCGGGAUGAACCAACCGUAGCAUCGAGCCGAUACCCCAAUCCGUUAAGUCGUUUUGCAUCAUCAACAUCAACCUCUGAUCGGUACGUCACUUCGGAUAGUAUAAAGCACGAAAGCGACAAAGAUUCAGACAAAAAUCUAAAUCGAUCAAAACCACACCCAACGAUAAGCCGAUUUGGUGGCCGUGGAAUGAGCUCGGUUGAGGAAUCCGAUAUAUUCCGAGACACAAUUCGGGACGAAAAUAUCGACCAACUGGAACGAAUAACAUAUGGCAUGUUUGGGCGAACAGAAGACGCCGAGAAAAUCGCAAAACAUAUGCAAGAUUUGGAUGUAAUUGCUGACUUGCGUAAAAAGGCCAUUGAUUUGACUGAUCAGACACUUGAGAAGGAUAUAAUUGGUCAACUCGAUUUCGGCGAUGAAUUUGAUGAAGCAGAAGAAACGGUACCGAUUCCUAGUAGCACCGAACCCGAACCUCCAAUUCAAUUGAAAAGUCCAAAUGAACACCGUAAUGAAACACAAAAUGCAUUUUGGAAUGAAAAUCGACACGAACCACCUCGCAAUGAACCACCACGUAAUGAACCACCUCGCAAUGAACAAUUUCGUAAUGAAACAACGCGGAAUGAAACUCGCAAUGCUGGGUGGAAUGAAUUGCGAAGCGAGUUUCGAAGUGGCAAAGACAGCCACAUUGAAAACCGACCAGAUAGUCGAAUCAAUAUUCGUGAUUUCCGAACGGUUAAUCGAAUCGAAAAUUCUGAUGACAACCAAAGACCACCAGUUCCGAUUUCAUCAACAAUACCAGCUCCAGUCGCAGGAAUACCGCAUCCAAUUCCAGGUCCACCGCAACCAAUUCCAAAUACGGCUGAAGAACGAAUCGCAUUAUCAGACAAAUAUCAACGACGAAAGCGAAACAGUAAUUCCGGUGCAAAUACGGGUGACAUCAAUCAAUCGCCACAGCCAAAUGAUCAAAAUGCAUCGCAACAACCGCAACAAGAUCCACGGCUGCGUAAUCGUCCAAAUGCAUGCACGAUCACUUCUGGUGCAAGUUUAACAGAGCAAUUUAUUUCAUAUGGAAAUCUACCGCCACCUCCACAUCCUCCAUCGUUUGGUUCGAAUUUCAACCGGAAUCACCCGCAAACACCCGAUGUUUGCCCACCUCAACAACAGCGGCCGUUCUUCGGUGAACCAUUCCCCAGCCCUCAUCGGCCACCGCAUCCGCAUCAUCUAAACAUGGCGCCAUCGCGGCCUGGGCAGCACAUGCAUUCACCGUCUAACAGUUUUAGUCCAAACAUUGGCUUUGGUGCGAAUGCCAUGCAACCGAAUCCACGCAAUAACCCAUUCCAUCCAAACUCAAAUACACACCAACAGCAGCAGCACAAUUAUCAUCAUCAAGAUAAUCGGCCACGUGAAACUUAUGGCGAACACAAGCGCCGAAUGCGUGAAUUAGAAGAACAAAGGAAAAGGUCUGCCACAUUUGUGUCGAGCACGACUGCUCGAAACACUGCCAAUGAACAAAGUAAAGAGCCACCGAAUCACGAAUCACCCACACAGAGUCCAAACCAAAUGGAUAACACGCAAGCUAAAGACGUUGAAAAAGAGAAGACUUCACCAAGUACUGCCAAUAAGCCACAUAACAAAGUCGAUAACGCAUUUCGCAGUAAUAAUUGGGAGGCUUUGCCACAGUCAAAAUCUGGUAAUUCAUUUAAGAUUCCAAAAUUGAACAGAUCCAAUUCAAAUACGAGCACAACACGUACGUCGACCGGUGAUUCUAAAGGCGAUUCACCCGAAAAUAAUGUUUCAACGUCAACCAAAACAUCAAAAGUGUCCAAGCCGUCAAAUGAUUCGAGUAGUAAAGAUCCGCGCGUGGUUCCAAAGAAAACGCCGGAAUCAUCCAAAAAUCGCAAAACUUUGUCAGACUCCAAAAAAUCAAAUAACAAGAAGAGGGAUACAAAAUUACCCGAAAACGAUGCUCAAAUUCAUGCUGACACAACGAUUCUGACGGAAACGGAGCAAACGCCAGAAGAACCAGCAAACGUAUCGGAAUCACAGCCAGAGCUGAUCAAACAAAUACCUGAAGAUUUACUAAAGGUGCUACAAAAUAUAGCUGGUCCUAGAUUUGAUGCAAUAAAGAAUAUUCUCGGACAAGAUGCUGUGCCAAACGAUGAUGCGGUGACUAGUUCAACGCAACCAGCACAAACCAAUGCGAAAACCGAUACAUCGGAUAAAUCAAAGGCCAAUCAGCCGAGGGCGGAAAACGCCAAAGUGCCGAAAAAACCAAAGAAACAUCAUUCGAAUGAAUUGGAACGGCUGAAUGCCGACAUUCGCGAGAAUAUUCCAGAUGUGUUGCAUGCAACUGGACGACGAACAUGCACAUUAGGCCUCCAAAAAAGCAAUGACAAUUCACCGACAAAAACACCGAAAAGUGUGGAAAAGCCAAAAGCAUCUGGACACAAAAGCGAUGAUGAAACUCAAAGUGAUAUCGAAAAACCAAAACGCAUUGCUCGCAGACGUAACACCACAAUCGAUGCACGGCCGAUUGUAUUUGAUUAUGAUGGCGAUGAGACUCCUUCAGAGAAUACCGAAGCUCAACCGUUGACAAAUCGUAUCACACGUCGUCGGAAUACGGUUCGCGAGUCAAGCCCAUGUGUGAUUGAGUCAGAAGAAGAAAAUGAAGAAGAACCAGUUAAAAGUAAGCCCAACAAACCGGGUCCAAAAAGUACUAAGAAAGAUGCAACGCAAACGGAACCAUCAACGGAAGAUCAAGCGCUAGCGGCUAGCCUACCGAAGUGCACGGUAGUUUUGGAAACGGUGAAUGUAUCAAAGGAGAUGAAGCGUAUAACUCGAUCGAGCAAACGCAAAGCUGAACAGUUGAAUUUGAGCAGCGAAGGAAGUGAGUCUACUGUGGAAAAGGAACAACCGGAUGUUGAUGAUAGCUCGACUGAACCAAAACGACAGCGAAUCGAUAUUCAAAACACCGACAAAACGAUGACCACCAAAUCAAAACGAUGUCAUUUUUGCGAUAAAAAUUUCCAAUUCCUUUCCAGUCAUUAUGCCAACAUGCACGAAGACCAUGAGGUGUACAGUGCCCGAAUGUCAGCUAAAAACUCUGAGAAAGUACGACGAUUUCCGCCCAAAAAUGCCGCAUAUCGAAAUGCCAAAUUCACAACGCAUUGCUACUAUUGUGAGAAGGAUGUAACCUAUGAGCGUUCCAGAUUGAUUGCUCAUUUCAUUCGGCACACCGGCGAAUUCACGAGAAACUGUACAAAAUGUGGAAUUAAAUUGACGGCAAACACCGAUAUGAAAAACGAUGGGUGUGUCCAUGCGGAAAAACUGUCGCCAAUGGUUGAUUUCGAUGACACACUUUAUGUGUACAUGUGCAAUUUUUGCAAUUACACACAGUAUCAGGAGGAGAAUAUGAAGAAUCACAUUCGCAAUAUGCAUCAAAUUAAUCUGAAUGUUACAGGCCAAUAUACCAAAAUCGUUCUUAUUCCAAACUUGACUGGAUCAGGAAGAGGCCGAACUGGUCGACGGCUUCCAUCCACGAGCGAAUCAGAAUCGGUGGCCCACUCCGAAGAAUUGGUUAAUCAAGAUGUGUUCAAGCCAUCAAAUCAAGAUGAUGACGUUCUUUCCGAUGCCUACAAACUCAUUCAAGAGAAUUCAUUCAAUACUUUGGACACAGUUAAACCAGCAACAAGUGGCACUUCAAUUGCUGAUCGAUUGCGUGAACGCUUCAAAAAGCAACAAGAAAAUCCGAGUGCACCGGUUGUCAAAGAGGAGGCAGUCGAUGCGCACGAGAUUGUCUAUCGUUCUCCCGAUGAGAUAUCCAAGAGUGUUGAACAAACGGAAAAGGAAACGGCUCGACCCAAUCCACUUGUUGAUGGUGACGUUAUUGAGAAUGGAUGCAAAAUCGAAGUGAAUAAAACGGAAGCCAAUGCGUCUGGCAUUCAGCCGAUUGAUGUGGAUGAUGCUGACGAUUGGGAGAGUUGCUCCGACGAAGAUGGAGAUGAAGAAGAGGAUGUUUCACCACACAAAUCACUCAACAAUAGCUUGAGCCGCUUAAUAAUGAUCAAACAAAAGACCAACAAAGGGCGAAUGCGAUCUAAGAAACGAGGCGAUAAAUCAAUAUUUUCCACAUUGAAAAAGGAAAAAUCGGAUGAAGUCAUCGAUUUGGAGAAAGAAAUCAAAGACGAAAAGUCACCAGAGAAAUCAAUCUCUGAUAUCUCAAUUCGGCCCGUUCAGGCGGAUCAAAAACGUGUUGAUAACAUUGCUUAUUCAGAGUAUUUGGGACAACAAAAAUUCCACUGUUUCAUUGGCAAUUGUGAUUAUAUGUCGAUAAAUAAUACGAAAUCCCUAUCGAAUCAUCUGCGACAGAAGCACGGAACGGAACGUUGGAAUGGCAAUUGUUAUGCUUGUGAAAAGCAAAUUAUGAAUCUUGGAAACUAUUCGUUGAUGAAGGAAUUCGAUCAUUUGAUGGAUAUUCAUGUUCCAAAUAAUAAUCCUGCACCGAAGCCAAUUGUACAUGUUCCAGAACCGCCGAAACAACCGGUUGAAGCUGAAAAACCAGUCGAACCCCCACGUACACCGAUGAUCAGAAUCCGUCGACUGUCUGGUGAUAUACUGUCCGGUGGAAUUGAACAAAUAACACCAAACCCUGGUUUGAUACAGCCCCAGUCACAGCCACCGCUGCAGCCAACAAUGCCCACCAUUUCGAGUGUUAGUUCGAUACCAACGACUCAAUUUGCCACAUCGGAUGACGCGGUAACAAAUAGUGAUAAUCAUUUGAAACCCUGGACGAAUGGUGAGAACACAAAAAGUGCACGGGCCGAGCUGAAACUGAAGCGAGAAUGUUCAUUGGUUGCACUGUUCAAGUGCAUGGCAAAGGAUUGUAUAUUCACAACAUCAGACAAAGAAAAAAUGUUGGAACAUUUGUCCAAUCAUGAAGACUUUAUCAUGCAGCAAGCGUCUUAUGGUAAAAAUCAUAGCAUUCAAGACCACAGCAGUUGGCUCGAGUGCUGCUACUGUGAAGAGAUCGAGGGUUCAUGCAGUAUACUGGUGGAUCAUAUCAUUAACGAACAUGCAACUAGCAUAUUCCAGUGUCCAUAUUGCUUCUAUCGUUCAGUUGACCGGGGCAAUGUUAGCUCGCAUUUGAAGCAAUACCACAGCCACGAAGAUGAAAAAUAUAUUCUGGUCUGUGGAACGGAAACAAAGGGACUAACCAAUGAAAUUACGGAUAUCGUGCGUGUACAGCAUGAGAGAGUCCAGAUGGUUCGAUGCCCUGAAGCCGAGUGCAAUGCUACAUUCGUACAUUUGUUGGAUUUGAAUCAACACUUUCGAAAACAACACAGCGAUAAAAGCUUCUACAACUGCAACAUAUGCUCGAAAACUUUGAAGAAAUCUCCAAACGGCGGUGAUGUUGAUACAAAGCAUUUACAUGAGCAUGGAUUUAGUUUGUGUCACUGCGCUUAUUGUUCAUACUAUUGCACUGAUACCUCAUCGAUGCACACUCAUUUACGUGACGAACAUCCGACAAAAUUGCCUUAUUCAUUCGUUCGCAUACGAAAUGGUUCGCCAAACACCCAACGACAACCAUCAAUCGCAUACUUUGGCUACAAUGAUAAUCAUAAAGACGGUUUAGUCUGUUUACCAUUGACUGAAACACAGUUGAAUUUUAUGAACCCAUCACUGUCUGAAUCCAUAUUCAAUUCCGGCGAUCCACCUGGCGAUGAUGAUAGUGAGCCGUCAAUAGUCGCUGUUGAUAAAGCCCAAUUUAAUAGUGCACGAAAAUUGGAUGAAUUUGAAACGGCACAAGCUAGACAACAAUAUUACAUCAAGCCAAUCGAUGCAAUAACAACGGUUAAUCGAGUACCGGUCAAUGAUGAAUCAACGUUUGCUAUUCCAAGUACGUCCAAUGAAAAUUUGGUCACAACUGAAUACGAUGCCAUGAUGCAACGUGAAAUUGAUUUAUCGGCGAAUACACUGCUGAAUGAGACGGGCGUUGAAAAAAAUGAUCUGUAUCGCUGUGCACACGAAAACUGUACCUGGGUGAGAUCGGACGAACGUGAAUUUUUGAUGCACUUGUCUCAACAUCAACGCGAAGGUGCUAACGUAUUCACGUGUUUCCAUUGUCACAAUUCGUAUCCACUGCCAGUGGAUUUGAAGAAUCACAUCAAUGAACACUUGAAACAUCGUUUCUUCUGUUUCUACUGCGAUGUAACAACAGGAACGCAACAAGUAAUGGACGAUCACUUUGCAACGAGUCAUCGUAACCAAGACACACAUUACUUGCCGCUGAAUCCACUCAAGUACGAGUUGACAACUGAUACUUUUGUCGCUUGUCCGAGCGAUACGCAAGCGAUCAACGAUUUCAUUACACGUCUUGUGAAUCGUUUCAUGGAACAACGAGCAGCUAAGAAAGCAUACAUGCCAGAAGAGAGUGAGUCGUUGCCACACCGUUCUGUUUUUCCCCAUGAACUUCAGUGCGGCCGGUGCGGUUACUCGAACAAAGUGCGAGUCAAUCUCGUGCGACACUUUAGAAACGGGUGCAAUGAGCAACAGGCGCCAGUCAAUCCAGUGCCAUGCUUGAGCUCGAACGAACGACAUUUUGAUAAAAUGAAAAAUUUGGCGGCGAGCUCCAAUUCAUCAAGCAUUGAAUCAGGCAUCGGCAAGUAUGUACCCGAGGAAAAACGAUUCGUUUGUGGGGCGAAAUCGUGUCGAUAUCAAUCAAUGUCAGCGGAAAUGCUGCAAAAACACAUUGUAACACUACACGAAUCGGAUACAUGCUUUGGCUGCCCACAUUGUGGUGAAGACUUAAGCCAUAGCACAACGGCUACCGAAAUACUGAACCAUUUGCGAUACCAUGAUUCAAAGAUUUUCAAGUGUCCACACUGUCCAUUCAUUCACUAUCUUAAGCCCCAAGUGGAACGGCAUAUCAGCGAAAAUCAUCCGACUUCAAAAGAUCGUGCCAUCACAUUGGAACGGCCAGCAAAGAAGGUUGAACCGGUGAAACCGGCCGCUAAAUCAAUAACAUACAAAUGGUCCUGUAAUAUUUGUUCGAAAAUUUUCAAUACACGUGCUCUGGUGAAGGCCCAUCUUGGUGAUGCUCACCGUUUAUCAUGCCAGUUCAAAUGUUCCAUUUGCUCAUUCUCGCACGACACAAAAGCCGCCAUUAAGGAACAUUUAGCCGCGGAGCAUCGUGAAAACGAUGCCACCAAAAUCAAAAGCCAUUUCGAUCGAGUCGAGAGUGAAGCUGACAAUACACCCAUUUGGCGACGUGACGAUCCGACUCGGGUUAAGCACAUACGAGGCAUUCUAUUUGAUGAUGCUGAAAAAUCGGCGGGAUCUAAGACAAAAGCCCAAUCGAAAAGUAAGAAUCAAUCGAUUCAUUUGGAAAUAAAACCCAUUCAAUUUUUAAAGCCAACCACCACGGUUGCAACCAAUAAGAAAGCGAAAUUGACACAGGAUGACUCCGCAGUUACAUACAAAAUAUCAACAAUAGAGCCUUUGUCGAAUAACAAAAUUGUUCAGCAAAAGUUUAGUGUUGUUGCCCGCUCCACCAGCAAUGAAAGUGAUCGUUUCAUGAUUCUACCACCGAAGGAGAGUGUCGAAGAGGAGGUUCGACCAAGGCCGGCUAGUCUUCGACAACAACCGAAACGUCGUUUUUCCAUGUACAUUCCGUCACCAUUUGAGACGCAGCCAUCGACAUCAACAGCACAACCUCCGAUUUCAUUACGUUUGAAACGUGUCAGCGACCCAGUGUCGGACGAACAAAAAAUGCCACCGCCAAAAGCAAUUAAACUGAUGCCGAUGAAAAAAGUGGAAAAAGUCGAUUUGUCGGCAUUGAAUUUGAUUUACGUGUGUAACUACUGCCAAUUUCGAAUCGAUUCGUUUGAGAAAAUCCACGCGCACUGGUUGUCAAAUCAUAAGAAAGGUGACAACAACGAUCCAAUUGCUAAGCGUUUCUGUUACCGUGUCACACAAACGGUGAAGUGCCUUUUGUGUCCGGCAAACGUGACAUUCCAAACGAUUCGUACGCACAUGGAAAAGACUCAUCCACAUUGUCAAUAUGCAUUCGGCAAAUACGAUCGAGGGGUCAACGAUAAAAUACAAUGUGGUAUAUGUUCUACAAACGCACCGGAUGUGACUGCCUUACAAAACCAUUUCCGAAUGAAUCAUCCACAAAGCCAACGGUCUGACAUGAAAAUCGAACCGUUGCCCAUACUCAAUGAUGCCAUUUUGGAGGCGCUGUUGCAGCAAGGUGAUAGUGGUACAUUUAAAUGCAGUUAUUGUUGCAAACACUUCCCAUGCCGUUAUGACUAUGAACAACAUCACAAUGAAGAGCACGGCUCGAAUCGGCCAAAGUACGAAACCAACGGAAAAGAUGUCAUCAAAUACGGUUGCCACUAUUGUCGCGAUAUUUAUACGGAUGAAAACAUGGCGAUCGUUCAUUUGCGCAGCCACAUUCAACAGUGGUUCCAAUGUACGCAUUGCCCCAAGAAAGUGCAAUAUAUCAAAUUAAUUCAGACUCACUAUCAAUUGAUGCACGAAGGCAAAGAGUUUGGCUAUCGACUUGUCAACGCACGCGACAAUCUAAAUCUAUUCUAUCAAAUGACGCUGACGUUUUCGAAUGGCCUGGCUCUGAUAUGGGGCGAUGUGUUAAAUACUAAGUAUGGUGGAGUUGAUCGUUUGGUCAAAUAUAUCAAUGAACUCAAUGAGGAACAACGUCGCAAACAAGAGAGCGCACUGGGCACAUCCACAUCAACGGCAUCGCCGGCAUUGCAAAAUGUUGGAAAAAUUUGUCGACGUCGUCAAACCCUUUUGUAAAUAGUAUUACUACACCACAUCAAAUUCAUGUACCAAAAUCCCACAGAACAAAAAAAAAACAAACAAACAAAAUAGAUUUGUCUCAAUGUAUUAAUAUAUGAGAUUUUAAUUCAUGUCACAAUCUCUAAACUAUAGUUCGAUAGGCUAUGGAAUAAGUUCCCCUAUUAAGCAUAUAUUUUCAACGAAAUAGCAUUUUGUAUAAAGAAUGUAGCAAAGAAAUGAACUAAGUUUGAAUUUUUGUUUGAAACACACAUUUAUACACAAAAUAUGCACAAAAAGCGAAUAAACAAAAUUUCUAAUCUCAAAA